AUGGAAGUUCUCGGCGCCGUGGCGAGUGCUGCCACCUUGGCCCAGGUUGCGGUCAAGGGAGUCGAGUUCCUGCAAAAGAUUCCCGAGAUCCAAUCCGACUACGCCGAGCUCUGUAAUGAGCUUGAAUUCAUCGAGACAAUCAUCCGAGUUGCUCACCAGACGUCGACGCAUAGCGAGAAGACGACACCGAUGCCCGGAAUACAAGAUCAGAUUGGAAGGAUUAUAUCUACGCUUACAGAAAUAUCAACGGGCCUGGAUGAAAUCAAGGCCAAGUGCCAGCACCAGACAGCCAAGGGAGAGAUGCGGGCUAGCAAACGGAAGUGGCUUGUCUUCAGUGGCAAGAUUGGCGGGAUGCUGCAAAAGGCGCACCGAGCAAAAUCGAAUCUGCAGAUGGCGAUUGCCAUGCACGUGUCCACGCUACACCAUCAAACUAAUACGGAACUGCGAGAGGUUAAAUGCCGGCUUGACAUAUACUUACCUGGGAUUGAGAGGCAACUUGACCACAUGUCACACACUGCAAUGGUAAUGAUAUCGACCCAAGAGCAGAUUCUGAAUGGUCAGACCGAGAAUUCGCAGAGAAUUCAAGAGCUGGAUGACGAGGGAAAUGAGCUCGAUAGUAGCGAUACAAAUGCAACCACGGAUGCCCAGGGACCAACAACACCAGAAGCACCUCUACGCAGUCUGGUUGGUCAGAGGACCACUUUGGCGGCGGCAUUCCAGAGGACGAAGUGUCCAGCGCAGUGUGUGUGCCGAUGCCACACUCGUCCACGGAAAGCUUCGACCCCGGGAUGGAUAAAGAAGCUGACGGGGUCGUUGGAACUACAAUACAAGCCACACCUAGCUGGCCUGAAAUGGGAUAUGCGUUGCCCAUGCAACAAGUCGGAUGAUUUGGAAAUUGCUUGGCGACCUCCAGAGUGGUUGUGGAUACAAUCUUCUUACUCUCGUCCCUACCGCUAUUCUCUGAAAUGUGCCCUACGUCCAGUUAGAGUUUUGCCGUUGGCAUCAGAUGAAUUCCUCCCUCCGCGCAACUCCGUAGCAGAUGUUCGCCAGGCAAUGGACAAGGGAAGGGUUCAAUUUCCUGAUGAUUUGUGUGAGUUCGGUAUUGAUAUUGUUGAGAAAAAGCUUCUAAUUACCAUCUACGAUUUCCAGAUUUCGGAGUUUCUACUGCUGCAAUGGAAGAAUAUGUUGGUACAAAAUGGGCUCUCUAGAAAUGCGGGAUAUGCGGCAUCGUAUCGUUUGCGGUUUGAUUCAAUGGACGAACGAGGCGUACGAGUAAUGAAGCAAGUCGUCUCAUAUGUCGACUGGGGGACGGACGAGCCAACAUCAGCAAUUCACGAGGCCGCCAUUCGGGGAUCGGGAGUGCAAGAAAGCUGUGCUGAGGCAAAGCACCUGAUCGAUGUGUGGGAUGAGACUGGACAUCCGCCGUUGCACCACGCUUUGAUUGGAGGUCACACUCAGGCCGUGCAGGAUUUGAUUGAUGCGGGCGCCGAUGUCAAUUGCAAAUCAUACGAUGGGGAUACUCCGUUGAUGUGGGCAGCUCAUUGUGGCCGCACGGAAUGUAUGCGACGUCUGCUUUUGUCAAGGCGGAUCAAUCGCAUUGAUGAACGAGACAGAUUUAAGCAAACUGCACUGAGUUAUGCUGCUGGCGAGUGCAAUCCCGAGGCGGUGCAGCUGCUGCUCGAGGCUGGAGCAUCGCCGUCGCUGCGUUCUGGUUUUGGCAAAUUUCCACUACAUGAGGCGGUAAUUUCGAAAAACCAGAAUCCAGCCGAAAUAGCAGCCACCAUCAACUUGCUGCUCGAUGCGCCAGGGACAGACAUCAAUGCAACGGAUGACCUAGGGGAUACAGCCAUUAUGCGUGCCGUGAAUGAUAACAAGCAUGUCGCUUUGCGUUGUCUGGCGCAAGCUGGGGCUUCUUUCACAGCAAUGAACAGACGGGGAGAGACCAUACUACACUACGCUGCCUUUUGGGGGGAUCUGCAAACUGUGCAUCUCCUCGACGGCCAGGAAUUGACCUGCAUCAACUGGAAGCUUCCCGACAGUACAGGUUGGACUCCAUGGAUGAUAUUUAUAUUACGCUUGGAUGAUCCCGAACAGAAGCCAGAUCCAGCUGUCAUGAUUGCCUUUGUGCAGCUGUACAGAGGCAUUCGGGAUCGGGAUCUCGCCCACGACAUUUCGCUCCUGGAGCAAACACUCGCGGCGCUGGACCGGAACGACGAAGCUGAGGCCCAUCGCCACCUCUCCGCAAUCAUCCAGUCCAAAGAAGCAUAUAAGAAUGAAGAUAGUGCUGGAUUCUAUCGCGGCUUAAGGGGGCAGCUAUCUUGUGGCGACAAGGGAGUACUGUUGGACAGUAUUCAGGCAGAUCUCCAAGACCUCCGGCUUGAGAUGGCGAGCAGCCCUUGGGACCAGGAUGCUCUUGAUGAGUCUGAUUCAGAUGCGUCUCUAUCAGAUUCAGAUGAGUAUUCAUCGGAUUCAGAGGAUUUUAGCGGAUCGUCCGUAGGCACAGAAAGUGAUGCAAGCAAUGGGGAUUAA